UUUCCUUUUUUCUGCUACCCCUCAUUGAGCCACUUGAGCCUGGAGCAGAUGGAAAGAUUGUAGUGGGGGGAAAGUAAGCAAGCAGCAGAGAGAGAGAAAACUGCGAGAAGCCAUGCAGAGAAUGAGGCAGCCCAGCGACAAUGCUUGAUGAACUGAAACACUGACCACCAGAAAGGCUUUCUUCCACUUUUGACUGAGCCCUAGAGAACUCAAGGAAUAAGACAGGACAGUGCUCAGGGGAGACAUCAACUCAUUGUCCCAGCUGACGGGAAAAACCUGGAGAGCUCAAGAAAGAAAGAAAAAGUUUGAGAAGUGGAAAGAGGGGAGUUCUACAGAUGACAGUUAAAGCAGAGAGGCAGAAAGAGAUGCUCAGAGGGACCAGGUAGAGAAAAGUAAAACAAGUAACAGGAUUGCUUGUGGUGUGUCUACAAGGACUGCUCAAAGAAAGGACGACACACCAGAGUCUCAACAAAAGCUGUUGCAAGUAAAACAGGGAGUGAGAUCAGACAGAAGUAGAGUUGACAGAGCUAGAUAAGGAUGGCCAACUCAGGUCUUCAGUUGUUGGGUUAUUUCCUGGCGUUGGGUGGCUGGAUCGGCAUAAUUUCCACCACCGCCCUGCCCCAGUGGAAGCAGUCAUCGUAUGCUGGCGAUGCCAUCAUCACAGCUGUGGGGCUGUAUGAGGGGCUGUGGAUGAGCUGCGCCUCGCAGAGUACGGGACAGGUGCAGUGCAAGAUCUUUGACUCCAUGCUCUCGCUGGACAUCCACAUCCAGACAUGUCGGGCCCUUAUGGUAGUGUCAGUACUGCUGGGUUUUAUCGCCAUCAUCGUCAGCGUGGUGGGCAUGAAGUGCACCAAGGUGGGCGAUAAUAAUCCAGCUACCAAAACUCGCAUCGCCGUGACUGGAGGAGUUCUCUUCCUGCUUGCAGGUCUAUGUACGCUGGUGUCUGUGUCCUGGUAUGCCACUCAGGUGUCCUAUCAGUUCUUCAACCCAAAUACACCGCCCAAUGCCAGGUAUGAGUUCGGCUCAGCCCUGUUUGUGGGCUGGGCGGCAGCCAGUCUGACGGUCCUGGGGGGCUCCUUGCUGUGUUGCUCCUGCUCUAAAGAAGAUAUGCGAGGGCAGCAAUAUUAUCGCCAAUCACAGCCUUCCACAGCAAGGGAGGCAGAGUUGUUGAGUGAAACUAGUUUCCCUGACUGAUCAGCCCCCGCCUUUUUAUCGAGGACUGCCCGACUGUCCAACCACUGUCUUUCCCCUCUUUUUCCUGUUAUCUAUUAGACCCCAAAUUUGGACCUCAUGUAGUAAAAUAUUCCCCUGUCCUCAGCACUACAACUGCACAUUAUCAGUUCUAAUGGGGACCAAGAUGUGCUGUCUUCUCCCAUUUCCCUACCUUCUGAGCCUUCUCUGUAAAUAUGGACUCUUAAAGGAUAUGUGUUCAGAUCUUCUAUUUAAGAACUGAGGUGGCCUUCUCCAUUUCAGCCCCUCAUCCCUCUACUACACCGCCAACACCCUUCUCUGUCUCAUCAUUGGCUGAAAGUUAACAAUGAGUUGAAACCCUUUGUGGUUCUGUUGCGCUGAUUUAUGAUUUCACUUAUAUCCUAUGACCUCUGGGUGUUUUUGUAAAUGUGUCUUUUGGGUUUAUUUUGUGCACUGUGACUGUACUUUGACUGAAACAUGUCUUUCUUUCCCUUUUGAAUUGCAGACCAAAUGUUAAAAGUACCCCACCAGAGAAAAGGGAGCAGUACUUGUAGUUUGGGAGAGUCUUCUGGCCUUACCAUGGUUUAGAUUCUGUCAACAGACAAAACCCUCUCACUGAGGAAUUCAAAACAGACAGACAUCUUUAAAGAAAGAAUUUAUGAACAGCAACAUUUCAAGCAUAUUGCAACAACCUAAGUCUAACAUGAGUCUUUGUUGGAGAAAUGUGUGGUAGAUUUUCUGAAAUAGGGUGAUUGAGAAAGAUGAUAUGCUUGUCUUGUCUGUUUUGUUGACUUUGGGAGAGACAGUGAUUCAGGGUAUGUUUUCUAUAACAUGUUAAAAUGCCCGGGUGUAUAUACCACCUACUCUAUUCUUUUUUCUUAUUUUUUUUUUUUACUACAUAUAUAAUGUUUAACUACAGUGCCUUGUAACACAUGUUUGUGCACAUGUAUGUUUUUGACUUCAUGGAUUCUUUAUAGUCUCCCAUCUCAUCUGAGGGAUGUGUGUCCAAAGUUCCUCUGCCAGCAGUUCUGUGUGCCCUUUUCUAUUGUUGGAUUUCUGAAAAUGAAUGUGAAGCUACUCUACAGUACCAGUUAUGAAACAACAAAGACAUACAGACGAUAAAUCUUCAGCAUAGUGCCUUAUGCCACUGUUUGGAAUAAGCUGUGUGCCUGCUUCCAAGUAGCCUGGAUUGAGGAUAUACCAAGCACAUUCAUUUCAUUUUGUUAAGUGCCAAUAUGAUUUGUGUGAAUGACAGAGUCACUGUAUUACUGACUCUGAAGGAUGCACUGUACUGUUUGUUGUCUCCUGUACUAAGGAAUGCCAGUUUGCUGAGUGUUCAAAUGCCCUUUUGAUGCUUGCAUUUAUUUACCAUGCCAUUCCUUUCUUUAAUAUUUACCUCCUCAGUGUUGUGUAUCAUCUCAUUUACAGUAUACCCCUGUCUGUUUCCUUUUAGAAUAAAGUAAACAGAGACAUAAAAAUGGCUUUGGUUAUGAGUCAGUGUUUUAUUAGUUGUUUCCUAACUUUACACCCUCGCCUGACUUUUCUCCCACUCCCCCUGACUCGUUCCUCCUCUCCAGCUCAAAAACUUCUUUUGCACCCUGUUGUUCAGUAAUUGCAGACGUGGAAUUCCACUUCUGCUCCACUGGACUGUGGCACAUUCUCAAAGGUGGAUGCACAAAGUUAACUUGCUUACCAUUGCUACAGCUGAUAACAAGGCUUGGAAUUUCUUCUUGUAUUGAGUUUCUGCUAUAAAACAUUUGUUAAAUCACAAGCUUGGAUUGGGGGUCAGCCUCUAUCUGACUAGAUGCAGUGAAGUUUUGUGAGAAUCAAAAAUGUUACAUUCCAGCUGGCAAAACUAUCUCUAUAUUGAACCCCAAAAGGUUAAUGGAUCGGUUUAGAUUUUUUUCAAGUCAGUCUUAACACAUUACAUGCCAUAGACUGGAUGUAAAGAUGGACGAUGCAUUUCCACUUUCUCUCACUGUACAAAAAUGAAGCCAAAAUAUCUUGGAUACGGCUGCUGCCAUCUUUUGCUGGUGAUGUCAAUUGGAGCCAGAGUCUGUGCAGUAGCAAUCUUCACUAGUAUUGAGUUCCUGCCCAAACACCCGUCAGCACCAUUAAUCACGAGCACACUGAUUGGCAUACACAGCUGUCAAUCAUGACCUCAGUUUUCCCUUUUUUAACAUAGAAUUUCUAGUUAUAACCAAACUUACCAGAAAAAAAAGAAAACUUUAACAAACAUCAGCAUAAUAAGAAUGAUCUAAAUGACAGAAACCAUCUUUGGGAAAAAUCUGUUUGAUAUGUAAGCUGUAGGUCCAUGUCCCAUCUGUUAACAUGGAUGUUGUGGGAUUUGACCUAUACUACAGCCAGCCACCAGGGGUUGAGAUAGUUUGGCUUAACUUUUAGGGAGCUGUUAUGUCAUCCAUCUUCACAGUGCAUGCUAAAGUUUGGGCACCCCUGGUCAAAAUUUAAUUUACUGUGAAUAGUUAAGAAAGUAGAAGAUGAACUGAUGUCCAAAAGACAUAAAGCCAAAGAUGAAACAUGCUUUUCAACAUUGUAAGCAAGAUUACUGUAUUAUUUUUGUUUUGUACAAUUUUAGAGUGAAAAAAGGAAAGAAGCACCAUGCAAAAAGUUGGGAUCUCAAACAACCUUUACCAGGGUCUCAGACCUUAAUUAACUUGUGCAGUCUUUUCACCAAAGAGACAGACUGCCCAUGAGUUUGUAAACAGAGUUAAAAUAAAGCAGUAUGAGAAAAAAAAGCACACUGAAGACAGCAGUGUAAGGUGGAGUGGAGUGAGGACGUGAAAUCUCACAUACACCUGACAUGUACGGAUGCUCCUACAUGACCUAUGACUAAACAGCCUUUUCAGCAACACUGAUGUAUACCAUUCACAUCAUUUAAGACUAUCAAGUAAAAAAAAAUAAAAAUUACACAUGGACAGUUGUUCCAACUGCAUGUAGGCUACACUACACUGAAGAAUUUCACAACUGUAAUUUAUCGCAUAUCCAUAAAACUCACAUCCAAACUAAGCAUGUAUCACCAUCUGUCUCUUCCUGCUAAGCUCCAGCUGUGUGAGAUAUUUUUAUCGGACAAAAGAUGACUGAUAUGAGAUAUUUAGCUACGCAAAAACUGAUUCAUUUACGUACUGAGAGUGAGUAAUGUAGUAUACGGAGUGAUGAACCCGAUGAACCAAAUCUUGCAGCAGAAACCAAAUCAUAAUAGUAAACACAGGAAUGUGUUUUCCAACUUUUAGCACUUUGAAUGAUAGAUGAAGUGUUAUGUAUGAGUUUGAUUGGGGCUUGCACAUCGUGGUCAUUUAGGAAUGUGAGACUGGAAACUGUCUCCUUAAUUGCUUAACUGCAAAUAUCAUUACAACAAAGUAACUUGUUUUUCAUUCAUAUUGAGGAGGGUAAUGGUGGCAGACAUAAGCACUUUAUGGAACAACUUUAUUGAAAAGCUUUAAAUAGUGGU